UGGCAUGUGAAGCGUGCUUCCACAGUACAUUGCACAGCACGAUAACGCAAUCAGUGUUACUCUGUCUCGCUGAGGGCAGGCCUACGCAGUCAAAGAAGGGAUCACAAAUUAUAGUACAAGUACGACACUAAGGAAUUCAGUCUCACUUUAAGGAUCUUCAAACCUGUUUGAGGAAUGGAUUGCAAAUGCGACACAGGCAACCCUGAGGAUGCACUUCCAGGCUGGUGGAUGAACAGCAGCAAUAUCCAGAUUACCGUGGUGGGAUAUCUUCUCUACAGAUUCUCACAGACCCUUCCUGCACUGAUCAGAUGGCCAAUUCGUAUCUUCUGCUCUGUAACUGGUCUGUCAGCUCUUUGGGGCUGGGUGAGCCGCCUUGUGGGGACCCUCCGAGGAAUCCAGAGUCUGUGUAAAGGGCUGUCUCGAAUUUGGAAACUCUUUGUAGCAUUUUCAUCCAAAUUCAAAUGGAUGCUUCCUAUCGUCAGAGCCAUCACAGGAUCAUCGGGUGCUGCUUCUUUGGAGCUUGAGAGAACCAAACUGAACCUCUCCAGUCCAGUAAAAUCAAGCCUCAGGUUGAUCCUCCUCGGUCCUGCUGGAGGAGGACGAACCUCAGUGGCAAACACUUUGUUGGGAUGCAGUGUAGCGCAGGCUGAGGGACCGCUCAUGGAGAGCACCAUAAGAAGGUCUGUAGUAGACGGUAGAGAGGUCACCGUGAUUGACACCCCCGAUCUUCUGAGCACAUCGUUGGGGAGAAACCAGAAAGCGAGAGAAACUUUGAGGAGCAUUCACCUUGCAGGCCCUGGUCCAGACGCCAUCCUGCUAGUGAUGCGGGCACCACGCUCCAGCAAGGGCCACCAGCUGGACGCUAUGCGAGUGAUCCAAGCGGCCAUGGAGCUGUUUGGAGAUGAGAUCCUAGAGUACAUCAUCCCAGUCCUCACCCAUGCUGACUCUCUGGGUCGAAAGCGCACCAUCGAGCAACUGCUGGAUGUGGAUGCCGGAGGUCUGAAGAGACUGACAUCUCUAUGUGGUCAGAGGCCUGCGUUGCUGGACACCAGGCCCGAUCAGCCACCGGAGGUGCAAAGCGGCGCACGCAGGGAGUUGGUGACACGCGUGAUGGAGCUUAAAGCCACGAGGCGACAUUGUUUUAUACACGAGCUCCAGAGGAGGGAGGAGCGCUUCAGAGAGGAGCUGCUCGGUGACAUGAUGACGACACUGGCUAGAAAAGUGGACGACAUGUAAAGCAGGCAUGUCCAAAGUGCGGCCUGGAGCUCUUUUUAUUGGCCUUGGGCAUAUUCUAAUAAUAAUGUAAGAUAUUACACUAAUAAAUAUUUAAAUUUUGUGAAAUACCACAAA